UUUGCCCAAUGACAGGUUCGGAUCAUUUUCGUUUCUCUUUGUUUUGCUUCGCCCGAUCGCAAAUCAGAUUAAAAAUUUUUCCAUUGCCACCGCGUCAAGCAGCACUUCGAAGCGACUCGUGGUUCGGCGCCGGACGACUUGUGUUCCUCUCGGCCGCUCUUCUCUUCGUUCUCGACGUGACCGCUGCCCCUGCAGACGAACAAAAAACGAUGGCCGCUAGUCCCGUUGUCAUCGCAGCCUCGGCCAAGCACACGGCCACAGUCAUUUUCCUCCACGGACUGGGAGACACGGGUCACGGAUGGGCCAGUGCAAUGGCAGCAGUCAGACCGCCCCAUGUCAAAGUCAUCUGUCCCACUGCACCAACCAUGCCAGUCACUUUGAAUGCUGGUUUCAAGAUGCCUUCGUGGUUUGACCUUCGUUCAUUGGACGCCAAUGGCCCUGAGGAUGAAGAUGGCAUUAAAAAGGCCUGUGACAUGGUUCAUAAAAUGAUAGACGAAGAGCUCAAGGAGGGAAUCUCCUCAGAGCGUAUCGUCAUUGGUGGCUUCUCUCAGGGUGGAGCCCUGGCUCUGUACUCUGCCCUGAAGUACAAUAAAACAUUGGGUGGCGUUAUGGCUCUUUCUUGCUGGCUGCCCAUGCACCGUCAAUUUCCUGCUGCUGCCUGCGGCAACUUGGACAUUCCGUACUUGCAAUGCCACGGAGACUGUGAUCCGGUCGUGCCCUACAAGUGGGGCCAGGCCACGGCCACACUGCUCAAGCAGUUCUUAAAGAAGGCCGAGUUCAAAACCUACCGCGGCAUGAUGCACAGCUCUUCCGAUGAGGAAAUGCGAGACCUGAAGAAAUUUGCAGAAGCAAACCUUCCGCCGAAUUAAUGGAAACAGUGCAGAUCAGUUUUAUUUUAAAAAGGUUGACCCACCCCGACACCCCUUCGGCAGGUCCCAAUGGGCACGUUGUUCACUUGCCAUGUCCAAUUUAAAUUAUGUGUUGAUGAAUUCAAACAAGUAAUUAGCUCGUAAGUUUCAGACAUUUUGAAUCAAUUCAAUCAAAAUGGUAAAAUUCUAAAGGAACUCAUUCUCAGUCAUUGAUCAUGAGGUAAUAUCCAACUUAGUCUAGCAAGAGGAAUUUCAAGAACUAACAUACUGUAGUUAUGUUGCAAAUGUGUAAUAUUUACAUUGAAGUCUUAACCUUAGUUUUAAGGGAUAAUUCACUUCAUACUUUGUUUUUCAAUUUUAGGCAUUGCAACUUAAAAGGAGGCAUUUUUUAGCAAUUUAAAUGAUAAAAGAAAAAGUCAAUUGGAAAACUGCUCUACUUUGUCACCUUAUUUGUUAUUCAGUUGUAUUCAAAAAUAUAAACCAAAAAUUUUCCGCUUA